UUAUAUUUCUGGCAUCAGCUUUUCUCAUUAUUCUCUCCCAUCUCUCUCUUUUUGAAGUUCUCUCUCUUUUUGAAGUGUUGUGAGCUUCUUGUGAUGUACAUGGAUGGGGUUUGCAUUCUUGGGUUCGCCAGAGAUCUUUAACCUGUUCUGCGUCCUUCAUUUUCUCUAAUUUUUGCUGUAUUAACUACUCUUAAAAUCUCAAUCUACUAUUUUUUCAUGUUUUCUCUGAAAUUUUUAGUUAAAUAUGUGUUGAUUUAAGGUGGAGUUGAGUUGAGUUGGUACUUUUUCGUUGUUGUUCUUGUCUGGAUACCAAGCUAGCUCUUAUCUGUAACACUGUCGAGUUCUCUACAUCCAAAAACCUAUCUGUAAGCACUCUACUACAAAUUAAUCUUCAAUAAAUUCCAACUCUAUAAUAUCUUUUCUUGAAGAUUUAUCAAUCUGUUUUAAGCUGCAAAACAGGAUCGAGGGUAGGGUCGUGGGUGUUCUGUCAUUCCUCUUCUUAUUUGAUUUUAUUUUAAUUUUUAAAUUCACUUUCAUUAGUUGCAUUUCUUGGGUUUUGUAAGUUAUUUUCAAAAUUUGAUUUUGCUGUCUUGGGUCCCCCCCGCCCAAAAAAAAAAAAAAAGAAAAAGAAAAAAGAAAAAGAAAAAAGAAAACCUUUUUUUUGGAUUUCCUUUUGUUUUCAGAUCAGCUCUUCUAGUUUUAGUUGCACUGUUUUUUCCCCCAUCGCCUUCACUACUAGAUUGAAACUCUUCUCUCUUUGCGGUUCUGUUUCUUGGUUCCUAAUUUAGUCCCAAUUUAUCCAUCUGCAAACAUUGCUGCACAACGUAAACUAGAUAGUAGUUUUUAGACCCAUUUGGAUCUAAUAAAAGCCGUGUAUUGUUCUUCUUUAAUCAAAGUUGAAACUUGGGUCCCCAAUUGUGUUUUAGUAGAGGAUAGUUUUGCUAGCAGAUUCAUACAACACACUAUGGGCUGGUUUUCAAUGGCUGUGGUACUACUUGUACUAGUAUUGUCUUUCUAUUCCUUGGUGCAUUCAGUGAGUGGCAUUGGUGCUAACUGGGGCACACAAGCAACCCACCCACUGCCUCCGGAUACAGUGGUGAGGCUGCUUAGGGAUAAUGGGUUUCAGAAGAUUAAGCUUUUCGAUGCCGAUUAUGAUGCGUUGAGAGCUUUAGGCAAGUCCGGUAUUGAGGUUAUGGUUGGUAUCCCCAACGACAAGCUUACAUCUCUUGCUGGCAGUGUCAAGGCUGCUGAAAAAUGGGUUUCCAAAAAUAUUUCUACUCAUAUCACUACCAAUAACGUCAACAUCAGGUAUGUUGCAGUUGGGAAUGAACCUUUCUUGGCAUCAUACAAUGGGAGCUUUCUCAAAACAACCUUCCCUGCUCUCCAAAAUGUCCAAUCUGCCCUGAUAAAAGCUGGUCUUAGUAAUCAAGUUAAGGUCACAGUACCCCUUAAUGCUGAUGUCUAUGCGAGCUCAAGUGGUGUUCCGUCUGGUGGAGACUUCCGAACUGACAUCCGUGAUCUCAUGCUUGCCAUUGUCAAGUUCCUUAGUGAUAAUGGUGCCCCUUUUACUGUCAACAUCUAUCCUUUCAUAAGCCUCUAUACGGACGCCAACUUCCCAGUUGAGUAUGCCUUCUUCGAUGGGAAUGCAUCACCUAUAAAUGAUGGUGGGACUAAUUAUUACAACAUGUUUGAUGCAAAUCAUGAUACUCUUGUGUGGGCCCUACAGAGGAAUGGGUUUGGAAACUUGCCUAUAAUAGUUGGAGAAAUUGGUUGGCCCACCGAUGGGGACCGAAAUGCUAACAUUGCCUAUGCUGAGCGCUUCAACCAAGGGUUCAUGUCCCAUAUAUCAGGCGGGAAAGGAACUCCAAUGAGACCUGGGCCCAUUGAUGCCUAUUUGUUUAGCUUAAUUGAUGAGGAUGCAAAAAGCAUCCAACCUGGGAAUUUUGAACGACAUUGGGGGAUAUUUACUUAUGAUGGAAGGGCCAAAUAUCCACUUAACCUUGGUACAACAAAUUCCGGAGCUUUAAUUCCAGCAAAAAAUGUGCAAUACCUAGAGAAGAAGUGGUGUGUGAUGAAGCCAGGGGCCAAACUUGAUGAUCCGCAAGUGGCAUUGAGUGUGAGCUACGCUUGUGGACUUGCUGACUGCACAAAGCUUGGUUAUGGGACAUCUUGUGGAACUUUGGAUGCUCGGGGGAACAUUUCGUAUGCAUUUAACAGUUACUACCAAAGGAAUAAUCAGCUUGACGAGGCCUGCAAGUUUGCAGGCCUUGCCAUGGUCACUAAAACAGAUCCAUCAGUUGAUCCUUGCACAUUUGAUAUCAUGAUUGAGCCGUACUAUGGUGGUGCUCAAGGGAGAUUUGGCUGCAUCCGAAGAUCCUUGGGCCUUGUAGCGGCCUCCAUUUUCUUUUUGUGGAUAGUUCUCUGAAUCCAUCCAUGUCGGUCUCUUUUGAUUUGUAGUAGUAGUAGUAGUAGUAGUUGCUUUAGAAACUGAAGAGUAAUUGGAGAAUGGUAUAAUCAGAAUCCAAUUUUGCAAACUAGGCAAGCAUUCACAUUUGCAUUAUUGGAGUAAGAUUGUGAUCAUUGGAGUUCUAAGUUAGAAGUUUGGGGAUGAAAGUUUUGAGCAAGUUGGGAUGGGAUGGAAUUUGGGUUAUGGUUGAUGAUUGGGCUUGGCAGAUGGCAGGUGGUUGAUGGUAGUAAAAAACUAGUCUUGACUUUCUCCCAAAGUGCUGAACAUACGCAGGCAGGCAGGAGGGCAUUCAGGUAAGGAACGUCCGUAGCUAGGUGUAAGACUUGAGGAAUGGCGCAUCAAUCACUAGUUCUUCAUUAUGUCAUUUGUAAAAAUGCCUAAGCAUAUUUGACUUUGAUGAUGAUUUGAUUUGAUUUUUAAUGGACUGGCUUGUGCAUGGCUGCAGAAGUUUUUAAGUGUUGUGAUUCUUGACAGUUGGUGUGGUAGAAUUUUGUUAGAUAUGAGAUUCAGGUACAUGUGGUUGGUGCAAAUAUAAACUUUAACGAAAUAACAUAGGCCUAAAAAUCAACAUAUGCCUAUGCUGUCUACUAAUUUGAGAGAAAUUAAGGUGGCAGUGUAAUCUAA